AUGGCCACACCAAGAGGACCGAAGCACCGCUCAUAUCUCCCCACUCCACCAACCUCUCCCGAUCAGUUCCAAUCCCCACCUCCUCUCCCUCUCCCGACCAAAAUGACAAGAUUAGAGUCCUGGAAAAGCGCUCGCUCGAGAUCUUUGGAUCUUCUGGAAAACAAGCCAGUCAUUCCGACUCCACUACGAGUUGUGUCUGCUCCAGUGAUCAGUACCAUCUCCAGUCAAAUCACACGCUAUGACCGGAGCUCUUCUCCAGAUCCCGUUACCGAGCCCGAAGUGGAAGCCGAUUUGCCAAACCGAUAUACCACUUCCUAUUAUAACAUUUUAGGAUUACCAGAGAGUCCUAGUGUUACUAGAAAGGAUAUUGAAGAGGCAUAUAAUAAUCUCGGUAAGAUUUUCUCUUUUCUAAACUUUUAGAUCCUUUUCCAUCCACCUUAUCACUCUACCCCGUAAAAAACCUAAAACUCACAACUCACACAGUAGGCAAACCAUCAAACUACAGCCAAGAAACCCUACAACAAAUACAUAAAACGCUCACCAACUCCAUCAGACGACGGACCUACGAUCUAGGUCGUCGGGCCCAUCUACUCCGUCAAACCCAUCUCAUAGAUCGGGAGCGUUUUGAGAAGAAAAUGAGUGGUGAUUUCUUUCAAACUCAAAAAGGUAUCUCUGAGGAAGCCAAAGAGUUUGUGGAUAACUUGAAAGUGGAAAAUUUGAAGAAGAAGAUGGAGAUUGUGAAAAGGGAGCUUGCGGAAAAUGUUGAGAAAAAGAUUAGAUUUAUGGGACUGAGUAUGAACAUGGAUGGAGUGAAUGAAGAAGAGGGAGUACCUUGGGAGGAAAUGGAUUUUGGUGUCAAGGGAGCAGAACCUAUUGGAGAGAGAUUGAGUCUUGAUUUUGAGUUUGCUGGAUCUGGGAGUGAGGAGGAUUCGGAUGAAGAAAAUAGAUCUGGAGGUACAUUUUCGGAGAGGGAAGAGGAAAAGGAAGAAACUGAGACGGUGGGAGAGUCUAAAGAAAUUGAAGAGUGCAAAGAGGCCGAAGAGCUAUCUGUAUCUGCGAUGACAGUACCAGUCUUGGAAGCGACUGACUCAUAUCUCGAAAUAACUCCCGCCAUUGCAAAAAAUACUUCAAAGAACGAUGAACAGGAAUCCGCAGCUAAAGCCGACAAAGAAGACGUUUUAAAUAUCCCUAGAUCGACAUUCAAAAUCGACGAGGUACUUGUGAAAAUGCGCACGGAAACAGAUCUCCCUAACAUCACCACCACCAUCGACCUUCUAUUCCCACCCCCAACACCAAGACCGAUACCAAUUCUAGUCUCGGAAACAAAGCCGAAGCCGAAACCCAUUUCAUGCAAAGAAAUCUGGGAAUUUGACUACAAUUCCGAAAUAGAAACAGAUACAGAAACUGAGACGGAAAUCGAUGGAGAUGGAGAUGGAGAUUCAAACACAGACACAGACACAGACACCGAAAUCGAAAUCGAAGAUCCAACCAGCACACCAUCUCCCUCCAACUCAACGAAUAACACAAAAACCAACACCCAAAUCACCUCUGUCCUUCCACUCCACCCCUCAACCGAACCAGAUCCGGAUCUUGAAAUCUGGGAACCAUCCUACACCGACAACAACACCAACAAUUCACAAGCUAACGAAGAAACAAUCCUCCUCUCAACUUACUUACUCGCCGCAAUAUGGGUAGCUAUUACUUUUUGGGCUUGGUUUGGUUAUGUAGGCGUUGCUGCGUGA